AUGGCUAAAAAUAUCAACCGGCAUUCGAAUGAUAUUAUCAUCAAUCGGGAAAACAUUCGUUUAAUUUAUUUGGAUAAAACUGCACCCACAUCGGAUUUUCAAAGCAAACUAUCCGAAAUCAAUCCUGCAAUACAAUUCUACACAGAUAAACAGUUAUGUCAGACUACUUUGAAGUCAAUCGUACUUGAAGAUAUAUUUUUGAUCUUAGCAAAUAUUUCGUUCGUCGAUAUUCUCGAUGCUGUUCAUUCGUUACAGUCGAUAGUCGCUGUUUUUGUUUAUGAUAAUAACCGACAGAUAGAUGAUUUGAAAAGUCAAUAUUCAAAAAUCAUUGAUUUGUAUACGAAUGAAGAUGAGCUGUGCUGCUCGAUAAAAGAAAAACUUCAAUAUAUGGAAAGACAAAUGUUUAUUUAUCAUAUCUUAGAUCCUCAACGGCCGGAUUUCACACGACAAUCAGCAUUUUUCCUUUGGCAUCAGAUGUUAAUUGAUGUUCUGAAGCAAAUCCCUCAAAAUGAAUUUCGACGAGAUGAGUUUCUAAAUCGAUGUGCACUUUACUAUCAACAAAAUCGUCUGGAAUCAGAUCAAAUUGAAGCAUUUCGUUCGAAUUAUACGUCACAACAGCCAAUAGAAUGGCUAAUCAAAGACUGUUGUCUAUAUAAAUUACUCAAUCGUGCGUUAAAUACUGAAGAUAUUGAAUUUCUUUCGUCGUUCCGAUUGUUUAUUCUUGAUUUACAUACAUCAAUUGAAAAAGAUUACGCGAAGAUAGAUCAUCAAGGUUCGAUUAUUCUCUAUCGAAGACAAAUGAUGCAGCGCGAUGAAAUUGAUCAAUUGAAACAAAAUAUUGGCUGUUUGAUUUCCAUCAGUGGAUUUUUAGUCACACUCCGUGACAAGACAAAGGCGCUGGCCAGUGUUCAACCGCAGAUAACAAGCAAAGAAGAUGUUUUUCUAGAAAUUCAUAUCGAUACCUCGAAAACUUCGGCUACUUGUGCCGACGUGCCAUCGAAUGGAGACGAGUUUAUUUUAAAUAUCAAUACGUCACUCAAGAUCGAAUCGAUCAACCAUGAUCCCGUUGAAAACCGAUGGGAUAUGAAGUUAAUCUCAUCGAACGACGGAAGUCAGUAUGUUGCCGAUUAUCUGAAAUUGAUUCAAAAUGAAAUGAAUUACUCGAACUCGAUGAUCUUUUUCGGUCAUCUGCUAUGGAACGAUCUUCAUCGGUUGACUCAAGCGAAAACAUAUUUUCAGACACUAUUAAAAACCUUACGCAAAGAUCAUGCGGACAUUCCGGAUAUUUAUAUCGAAUUGGCAAACAUUUAUGGUCAGAUGGGAGAACAUAAUUUAGCGUUGAAUAAAUCUCAGUUUGCAUUGAAUUUUCGUCAGAAGCAUCAACCGAACGAUCAGAUGCAGAUCGCUGUAUUACUCGAUUCGAUCGGUACCAUUUAUCGACAUAUGAAUAAUCUCGAUCGGGCUAUUGAUUUUCAUGGACAAGCUUUGUAUACCUACGAAACGAAGUGUUCCAAAACGAAAAACUUACUUCAGCGAGCGAAUACCAUCGCGAACUUGGGCUUCACAUACAAAGAGAAGAAUGAUCUUGAUUCGGCGCUGAACUAUUUCAAUUUAGCUUACGAGAUGCGUCAUGGGGAUCUUCCAGCAGGUCAUCCAUUACUUGCAGAGUCAUUGUAUAACUUGGCAAAUAUUUUUUAUGCGAAGAAUGAUUUCAAUAAAGCUUUGAAUUAUUUUCAGCAAGCAUUAGCUGUUUAUCCGUACGAACAUUUACAUCAGGCGACUAUUGAUCGAUCGAUCGGUUGGAUUUAUCGAGAUAAGCAAGAUUGGCAAACAGCUCUGAAUUAUUUCAAUCGUGCUUUGGAGAUUCGACAGCAUCUCUUACCGAAUAAAAACCAUGUGGACAUGGCUGUAUGUUAUGGAGAUAUCGGCGAGAUUUAUGAGAAAAUGAAUGAAUUCGAUUUAGCGCUAGAAAACUAUCAACGACAGUUUGAUAUGGAAGAACAAUGCUUACCAUUGAAUCAUCCGAACUUAAUGGUACACUUUGAUUUAAUUGUUAAUCUUCUGAAGAAGAAAGAUCAAUCGCGGAAAGCACUUGAAUUAUGUGAAGAGAAACUCUCGACUCUGAAACUCAUUCUUGAAAAUGAUUAUGAAGAUCAUCCACGUGUUGCUCGAAUAUUAGUUUCAAUUGCGGCAAUUUACGAAGACGAGAAUCCCAAACAAGCCGAUCAACAUUAUCAGCACGCCUUAUCGAUUCUUGAAAACAGAAAACAUGAGGAGAUUCUCCAAACAUGUCUUUCGCCGAUGACAAAUUUCUAUUGGAAAUGCCGCAUGUUCGAUCGAGCUUUGAUUUGUCAAAUGAAACUACUUCAACUUCGACGUUCAACAUUGUCUUCGAAUCACAAUGAAAUCGCUUACACUUUACGCGGUUUAGCACGCCUCUACCGUGCAAUGGAUAAGCCUGACGAUGCUUUGCAUUAUUUUCAUCAAAGUCUAAAUAUUCUUCUCGCUAAUAAUGGACGAGAACAUUUGGAUGUGAAAACGAUUCAACAGGAGAUCUUCGAUUUGAAAGAUAUGGUUCAUACAACAUCGGCCGGUGCAAGUGAAGAGAUUGCUGAAAAGCAACCAUCAGACACACAAAAGCGGAUUCCACCAUCACCGAAACAACCGUUAUUAACUGUGCCGAGUAUCGAACGAAGAACCUCUACAAAAUCUGUUACAAAUAGUGCAUUUUGUGUUAUUUUGUAA